GUGUCAGUCAGCACCUCCCUGACCCAGCCCUCGGGGCUGAGCGGGUGAUCCCAGAGGUGUCCAGGGAGCCGGGGCUGCGGGUGGAUAAAACCCGCAUCUGCCCCACGACCUGCUGCUUAAGCCGAAUCGCCGGGGCCAGCACAAGGACCGUGCUGGGGGCUGGUCCCUUCUGCAGCAUCAGAGCCCCGUGGGCCCUCGAUCUGGCCAUACUGGGGGCUCCCCCAGCACCCCCCUUUCUCCUUUCUGCUGCUUUCCCAGAAGAGCAUCUCCCAAGGGCCGCUGUGUCCAGGAGGGUCCCUGUGGCCUCUGCCCGCUGGGUGACGCGCUCGCCCAAAGGACCCUGUUGUGCUGGGAGGGGGUUUGUGGACAGACGUGGGACCUGCUGGCGCAGGGCUUGGGGGAUUCCUCCUUAGUUUCUCAAAUCUUGUAGCUAUUCUUUUGCGAGACCUCUACUUGCAUGGAGACCUUGCUGCAGCUUCUCUUUAAGACAGACUUUAUUUUCAGUGUUGCCUUCUGCUUGAAGCUGAGGCGCGCCGGCCGGGGCCGUUCCUCACAGUGGAUGUGUUCAGCCGAGCAGCUUUGGUUUCUCUUCAGGCCACGCAGCUGCUCUUGCACCUUCUCUCCGUCCUCACGAAGGACCUGCCCCGCUGCCAGGGGAACAGCCCACGGGAGCUGCCUCCGUGUCCCCAUCCCUCCCCGGGGCCUCCAGCACGUUCAGGUCUAACGACGGCGCCUGUUUGCAGCAGAGAUGGGGUCGAACAUCCACUGGGACGUGUUCCCUGGAGCUGAGCGUGGCUUUGCCGUCCGGCCCCUCGCUGUCAGUGUUGCUUCUUCCAGCCCAGGGAUGCGUUUGCCUCCGCACAGAGCCGCGAGGAGCCCCCCGAGCAAGUGAAUGUAGCUCUGGCCUGGUGGGACCACCCAGUUCCCAGCAGCCGGGUUCAGCGAGGGCUGCAGUUGGGCUCUGGACUCCUCUUCCUGCUCUUUCAGUGAAAGAAAAAACUCAGCAAGUCAUCAAACCCCACCACCACCUUUUUUUUUUUUCUUUUCACUGUUAUGGUACAGAUAACUUCUGCUGGGGCUAUUGUAUGUACCUUCGUACCAACAGAAUUGCACCCAACCUCGCUGCUGCUGCCGCCUCUUGUUUUUUGUUCAUUAGGCCACGUUGGGGAGUGAGGAUUUGGGGCACUGGGCCGUGGGGUGGCCACGUCAGCCUCCACUGGCCACGGCUUCCCUUUCCCCCUGGGGCUCCGGCCCCGUGUCCCCAGCGGGGCCGGGACUCCCCCACCACGGGGGAAGGUCGGGUGGGUCUGUCCCUGGGCCCCUCUGCCCUGUGCGUCCUGGCCCUGGUGGGAUCCAACUGGCCAGCCCGCAGCAUCUGCACUGGCUCCAAAAUAUCCAAGAUUGGCUUAAAGUCCAGCAAUGAAUUCAAUAAGCAGCCACGCUCAGUUCUGUGUUCGCUGCGGGGCUGGGACUCGUCUGAUCUUGCCCCGGCGUGAGGCCGGUUUCUGCCGGGGCGGGUCCUGGGAUCACGCGAGUCCGGGGACGCCGGGGGCACUCGGGGUCUGGGGCGGCCGAAGGGGGUGGCAGAUGGUGACCCCAGCUCUGCCGGGGAAGCCACGUGGGAGGGGACCCUGUCACCCCCGGCAGACCCCCGCUGUGCCUGCUCGGGCUGCACAGGACCGGGGGCCGGAUCCUGCCCUCUCCCCCCCCAAAGCCGGUGUCCGGCAGUGCCACCGCCCCGGGGACACGCCGGAGGAAGUUCCCUUUCCCUUUAAAUGCAAAUCCCAGCCCCGGGGCUGCAGGACGGGUGGUCGGCGGGGCUCGGGGUGUCCGAAGGGCUCCGGGACAGGCGCCUGGCAGGGCUCAGGGUGCCUGGCGGGCUCGGGGACGCAGCCGGGUCGGCACCGCAGGCCGGACCGGGGCCUGGCACAGCGCUGGGGAAGACGCGGAAAGCUGAGGCCAGGCCGGCAGCUCCCAGCUGCUGCUCAGGCCCCCGACUUCCCCGCUCCAGCGCAGACGCCGGGAUAACGCAGCCGGAGGCCGGGAGCAGGGUCCGGGCUCCUGCCUUCAGCCCCCCCGCCGCCGCGGCGCAGCCCGUGGUACCCCGCUGCGGCUCGCCUGUGGCCGUGGCCGGCACGCUGCUGCCCUGAGGGUCCCGGGGGGCCCCUCUGCCGCGCCACGGGCUGGGGCAGGAGCAACGGCACCGCCCUGAGUGCUGCUCCCUUUGGGGGGGGGACCCCAAUCCCCGCCAGCUCAGGGGCAGACGCGUCCUCUCCAGGGACCCCACAGGGGGAAGGAGCUGCCAAGAGCUGUGUCCGUCCUGCACAGGGUCCCUGCCCGGUUGUCCCGGUGCCCCCGCACCCCUCAGGAUGGAGGAUCGGAGGAAGAAGCGGAGCCCCAAGGCUUUCCUGGCCCAGCCAGCACCUGCCGGGCCCCCGCAGCCGCUGCCCCCCAGCAAGAGCACGUCCUUCGCGCUGCCGCUGCCCACCCUGCCCUCGCCCAGGCAGCGCGCCCGGCUCAGGCGGGCGAGCAAGGAGCGGGUGCGGGCGGGCGGCGCGGGGGCGGCGCGGGGGGCCCCGCUGCAGCACAGCUUCCUCACCGACGUCUCCGACGUCUGCGAGAUGGAGGGAGGGCUGCUCAGCCUCCUCAGCGACUUCCACUCCGGAAAGCUGCAGGCCUUCGGGAAGGAGUGCUCCUUCGAGCAGCUGGAGCACGUGCGGGAGAUGCAGGAGAAGUUGGCGCGGCUCCACUUCGGUCUCGACGUCUGCGUGGAGGAGCUCCCCGAGGAGCAGAAGAAGGCGGCAGCCGACAGGAACCUGGACCAGCUGCUGGCACACCUGGAGGAGCUCAGCAGCUCCAUGUAUCCUGGGCCGGGUGCGGGGCGGGGGCAACGGCGGCGGUGGUGGCAGCGAUGGCGGUGAUGGCGAUGGCGGUGAUGGUGGCGGUGGCGGUGGCAGU